GCCCGGCGAGAAGGGGGCGAGCGGAGCGCGACGGGGCGGAAGCGGCCGCGAUCGUGACAUGGGGACUGAGCACACGGAGGUCAUUCCCAAGGAGGAAGUUUGCGAAGAGCCUGAGCCCCCCGGGGCAGCACUGGAACAGCCCCCCAGGGCCGCCGACGGGGGCCGGGAGUUCGCAGCAGCGGCCGUGCUGGCGCCGACCACGGGGGGCCCCGCCGACCAGGCUGUGGCGCCUGGGUCUUCUCGGGGAGGCGGCGACGCGCCGGGGCCGAUGACCGUCAAGAGGUCCCCGUCCAGCGAGAGGCCGCAGGAGGCCGCGGCGGGCGAGGGCGUCCGCGGCCCCGGCCCCGCCCCGCCCCCCGCGCCCGGGGGCCCCGCGCCCGCGUCGGGGCCUCGAGCGCCGCCUCGGAGCCCCGGGCGGGAGAAGCCGCACACGUGCCGGGAGUGCGGGAAGGCCUUCAACCAGAACUCGCACCUGACGCAGCACCUGCGCGUGCACAGCGGCGAGAAGCCCUUCCAGUGCGGCGAGUGCGGGAAGCCGUUCGGGACCAACUCCAGCCUCCGGCGGCACCUGCGCAUCCACGCGGGCGAGAAGCCGUUCGCGUGCGGCGAGUGCGGCAAGGCCUUCAUCCAGAGCUCGCACCUGGUGCACCACCACCGCGUCCACACCGGCGAGCGGCCCUACCGCUGCGGCGAGUGCGGCAAGGCCUUCAGCCAGAACUCGGCCCUGCUGCUGCACCAGCGCAUCCACACGGGCGAGAAGCCGUACGCGUGCAACGAGUGCGGCAAGGCCUUCCGCGUCAGCUCGCAGCUCAUCCAGCACCAGCGCAUCCACACGGAGGAGCGCUACCACGAGUGCGGCGAGUGCGGCAAGGCCUUCAAGCACAGCUCGGGCCUCAUCCGCCACCAGAAGAUCCACACCGGCGAGAAGCCGUACCUGUGCGGCGAGUGCGGCAAGGGCUUCGGCCAGAGCUCCGAGCUCAUCCGCCACCAGCGCGUCCACACGGGCGACAAGCCGUACGAGUGCGGCGAGUGCGGCAAGACCUUCGGCCAGAACUCGGAGAUCGCGCGGCACGUGAGGAUCCACACGGGCGAGAAGCCGUUCGUGUGCGGCGAGUGCGGCAAGGCCUUCCGCGGCAACUCGGAGCUGCUGCGGCACGAGCGCAUCCACACGGGCGAGAAGCCGUUCGAGUGCCCCGAGUGCGGCAAGGCCUUCCGGCGGAGCUCGCACCUGGCGGUGCACCGGCGCGUCCACAGCGGCGACAGGCCGCACCAGUGCGCCCAGUGCGCGCGCACCUUCUGGGACGGCUCGGAGCUGCUGCUGCACCGCAGGGUGCACACCGGCGAGAAGCCGUACGCGUGCGACCGCUGCGGGAAGCCGUUCGGCCAGCUGUCGCAGCUGGCGCUGCACCGGCGGACGCACACGGGCGAGAGGCCGUACGCGUGCCAGCAGUGCCCCCGCACCUUCAGCAGGAGCUCGCACCUGCUGCGCCACCAGAGCGUCCACGGCGCGCAGUGACCCCGGGCCGGGGAGGCGUGGCGGCCUGGACCCGAAGCGCUGCUCGGAGCCUGCCCUGUCCUCUGUCCACGACACCCCCUCUAACCCCGGCGGAU